AUGGAGGUGCUGCAAUUCGUCCUGACGGCUCAUCGCACGGCGAUUCACUUUCUUCGUCGUCGUGCAGCGGAGGUGAACGCGACCGAAGAGGGGGCGGAAGGAGAGGCGGUGAUGGCGUCGUCCAACUGUGUGUUGGCAGAGGCGGCGUCGGUGAUCAGCGAGCUAUCUUAUGCCCGCGCUGCCUCUCAUCAGCGCGGAAGACGAUCUGACUCAUCUAGUCCUCAGUGCCCACAGCACUCCUCCUCUAUCAGCGCUGCGGAGUCCCUCACGCAAGUGCUCAGCACGAACCUGUACACCAUCAGCACCUUGCUGGAAGCCUUCGACGACGGCGAGAGCGUUGCGUCGUCUUCCUCGGGCCGUCGCGCCGCCCUGACGGCCCUCUCUGAUGUCGUUUUCCCACCGCUCUUUUACCUCAUCACGCAGACGUUGGAUUUGGCGGCGGCGGCGUUGCCGUACGCGACACCGCCGCCUUGCUGCAGACCGUCGCGCACCCCCUCCAUGCUGUGUGUUCUCCAGCAGGAGGGCUCGCACGUGCUUUCCUGCCUACUGCGCAUCAACGACGUCCCGCAACACAACAGCCAUCAUCUGCACUGCGAUGCGGAAGCGGCGUGUGCGAGUUCGAGCGCAACUCCGGGAUGUCGCUGGGUGGUCACGCACCACGUCCUGCGACGGCUGCGACCUCUCCUGUUUACGGCGCUUCCGCAUCACCGCCACCAACACAACUUAAUCAGCAACAACCGCACGUCCCAGACAGAGACGGCGUUUUUCGGUGCCGCGUGCGAUCGCACCGAUACGGAGAUCGUGACGUGGGUGGCGAAGCAGCUUCACCGGUACGCCGCUGCCGAACGGGAGCAGCUGCAUCCCGGCGACGGCCUGUUCGAGACAGACAACGCCUGUGCACUGCAUGCGCACGCACUAUCGCUGCAACCUUCACACUCGCCCACCAUGUCACCCUCGAGGGCGUACGAGAGCCUUGAGGCUGCUUGCUUGACGGAGGUGCUGCGUCUCCUACUUCAGCGCUUCAUCGCGGCGGCGCGUUCAUCCACCUGCGUGGAGUCCGCAUCAACGGCGGUAGCAGACACAGAAACUCGUCCAUCGACGCUGGGGACGACGGCUUCGUUUGCCCACGAGGAGAGGUAUGGGACGGUUUCUUCGGUGUUCCUUGCGGAAUACGCGAAUGCUCUCGCUCCUGCAGCGGCGCGACUACAAAGCUCAGACGUUUGGGACUCGCUGCCGUCGUCUCUGCGUGGGACGGUGGAGGAGCUGCAAACGCAGCUGCGACGUUUUGGGGUCGAUGUGUGA